UCAUCGGCAAAUUCUUCGUUUGUGGAUCUGCUCUCACACGUUCUCUCCCUUCCGAGUCCGUGUUCUUUUGACUGCGCCGCCGCCAUCAAGAGAAGGCUGUCUAUACGUGCAUGAAAGUGGCGGAACGGCGGGAUCCCAGCAAAGCUCGGCACCAAACCCCCGCCGGAUGGGGCGACGUCAAAACAGAGGUGGUUUCUCCGUCCGCGGUGGGGGAGGAAAUACAGUAUCCAUUUAUCGGCAGCGACGAGGAAAUGACACUGAUGGUAUCGGCGCUGACGCAUGUCGUCUCCGGGGCGACUUCCCCUCCGCCGGUCGAGCUGGACUGGUUCACUCCCCGUUUUGGAGGAGGGACGAUGGUGGCUGGAAGCUCUUCUUCCGGCCUUAAGCGGCAGAGGGAGGAGUCGCAGGCCGUGCCGCAGCAAGAACGGGCGCCGGUCCGGCAAGUCGUCGGGACGGACGAAAUGGGCACCGGUUCUUCCCUUCUUCCUCAACAGUUCAGGCCUGCUUCUUUCUCUUCACAAGGGGAACAGAGCUCAAGGAGCACGGCGGCCGCGGAAGGGGCAGCUACGAGCGGCGAGGGUCGGCGAAGGUACAGAGGGGUCAGGCAACGGCCAUGGGGAAAAUGGGCAGCGGAGAUCAGGGACCCCCACAAGGCCGCUAGGGUGUGGCUCGGCACCUUCGACACCGCCGAGGCCGCCGCGCGGGCCUACGACGAGGCAGCCCUCCGCUUCAGGGGUAGCCGCGCGAAGCUUAACUUCCCCGAGCGCGUUCACCUCCAGCCACCUCCGGCGAGCUUCGUAACCACCACCAGUCAGGUUCAGAGCGCCCCGGCCGUCACUUUGUCCGGCUUGUCAGCGUCGAGCUCCGUCGAUGACUACUCGUCGUAUUUCCAGCUGCUACAGAGCUCCGGUGGUGCUUACGAACAGUUCCAGAGCUUCCCUCCACAGUAUCGCUACGCGGCUACUCCCAGCAGCUCGACCUCCAGUCCCGUUGAACGGCCGGCAGCUGGCGAGCGUAACCUCGGGAAUCCACAGCCGGAAGAGAGCUUUCCGGCAACUUCUUGGCCUCGACCGCCCUGGUUCCCUCCAGCUUCCGGUUGACGUUCUUUCCCUUCUCCCUUAUCUUUUUCUAUUGUUGUAUUGAUUUUAGCAAGCAGGUCCCUCGUCAAUAUUUUUUUUUUCCCAAAAUCUUUUACAUUGUGAAAAAUAAACGAAGGAAAAAUAUACAGUCAAAAAUUUCGCCUUGAAACAUUGUGCUAGCAACUUUGCUCGAAUUUGGAUGUCAUUCGAUAUUUUCGAUUCGAAUCCGACUUCAAGAAAUCGGAUUUAGGAAACAAGAUUCGCAUCCAACUAAUAAUCAGGAUAUGGUAUAAAGUUCUCCUACUCCUACUCAAUUCGGUGGACAUCCGCACAUAUCAGAGGCUGGAUAUGAUUUUCUAUAUAUUCAAAGUCGAAUCCGAUUCUAGACUUUGUUCUGAAUUCGAUCCGUUAACAUGCUUGCCCAAGAAGUGCCUUAGAAAUGGAGGAAUGAGCCGUACACCUGGCAGUGCUUCAGCAUCACGUGAGGUGCUGAUGGAAGAGUGCUUACGUGAUUCUUAAGUUUGGAUCUUACAUGGACGGGUUGGGUCAGAGGCGGAGCCACAUAAGCAUGUUUUUUUUUUCUUUUAAUUUUUUUAUAUUAACAUUUUUAAAUAUUUAUUACACUAUAUCCUCUUCUUGAACAUACCAUAUAUGUGUCCUUUCAAAUUUCUUUUUUCUGGUUUCACCACUGGAUUGGGUAUUGAGAAUCAAGAUUUAGAAUAUAAA